UAACUGGGGUAACGGUGAGGAAGAGGAGGCAGGCAACUGGGGUAACUGUGAGGAAGAGGAGGCAGGUAACUGGGGUAACGGUGAGGUGGAGGAGGCAGGAAACUGGGGUAACGGUGAGGAAGAGUAGGCAGGUAACUGGGGUAACGGUGAGGUGGUGGAGGCAGGCAACUGGGGUAACUGUGAGGUGGAGGAGGCAGGUAACUGGGGUAACGGUGAGGAGGAGGGAGGCGGGGCUACAUAACAGCAGAGCGGUCCAGAGGGAGACGAUGGUACAGUGGGUGAGCGGAGGCGUUCCUACAGGGAGUCAGACAUCACACACACACACAUAUAUAUAUAGCCCUGUAGACACAGCAGUAGGGAUACACAGACUUGUGUCGACCUGUCCGGAUAGAGUUGUCUUUACAUAGACGUGUAGGUAGACCUGUCUCGGCAGACACACCUGUAUAGACGGACAUCUGACGAGAUCGAUCUGUAUACACAGGUAGAGAGAGACACACACCUGUCGAGAUCGAUCUGUAUACACAGGUAGAGAGAGACACGCCUGUUGAGAUCGAUCUGUAUACACAGGUAGAGAGAGACACACACUUGUUGAGAUCGAUCUGUAUACACAGGUAGAGAGAGACACACACCUGUUGAGAUCGAUCUGUAUACACAGGUAGAGAGAGACACACAUCUGUUGAGAUUGAUCUGUAUACACAGGUAGAGAGAGACACACACCUGUUGAGAUCGAUCUGUACACACAGGUAGAGAGAGACACACACCUGUUGAGAUCGAUCUGUACACACAGGUAGAGAGAGACACACACCUGUUGAGAUCGUAUGCAUAGAUAGACCUGCACGUUACGCCAGAGGGAGAGUACACAAACACACAGCACUCACCUCGAGAUCGCAGGUGGUGAAUACGAUUUCUCAGAUCCGAACGAGGAGGAGGAGGAGGAUCUAUCCUCAACUGCGAUGACCUGUGAUCUUUGCAGGAACCUAUUUCGUCUUCUCCAUCCCGGCUGCUGCUGCCGCAAGCCGCCGGGCCGAGCCUCGGCCAUGACCGCCCUCCGCGGCGUCUUCGCGCGCCCCUUCCUCCGCGCCCUCGCGUCGGAGCUCGCGGGCACCGCCCUCUUCCUGCUGCUCUCCCUCGGUUCCCUCGUUGCCUGGGCCGGCUCCGACCGUGCCCCCGGGGUGACCCACACCUCGCUCGCCUUCGGCCUCUCACUCGCCACGGCCGUCCACUGCUUCGGGCACGUGAGCGGGGCGCACCUCAACCCGGCCGUCACGGCCGCGAUGCUCGUGGCGCGCAGGACGACGCUCGCCAAAGCUGCUCUCUACGUGGUCGCCCAGUGCCUCGGGGCUACGUUGGGCGCGGGGCUUCUCGUGGCCGUCACUCCCGAGGAGUUCCGCGGGUCACUGGGGGUCACGCGGGUGAGGUCUCGUCGGUGUUGCGCGUGUUCUAAAAGAAGGAUUUCUCGACGAAUCGUCCUUCCCCCCGCCCAGGUGAGGGAGGGUCUGGGUCUGGGCCGCGCCUUCCUCGUCGAGGCGGCCGUCAUUCUGCUGCCCGCCCUCGCCGUCUGCUCCGCUAGCGACGCGCGGCGCCGCGACUCCUCGUCGGGGCCUCUCGCCAUCGGCCUCAGCGUCACCGCGGGGCACCUCUUCGCUAUCCCGUACACGGGCGCCUCCAUGAACCCCGCGCGCUCAUUGGGACCGGCCCUCGUCAUGGGAAGCUUCGAUGACCACUGGGUCUACUGGGUUGGCCCCACGGUGGGCGCCGUGGUGGCGGGAGCCGCCUACCGCUUCCUGCUGUGCCCGGACUCGGAGCGUCCGACUCGUGGCGCUUCGGAGUCGCCCGCGGACUCGGAGUCGCAGGCCCCCCGGGAUGACGACGAGGGGCUGGCGGCCGCCCGCGAACUCUCCCGGCCACCCCACGCCGCGUCGCGUUCCGAGCGGGAACCCGAGCGCCUGGUGCCGAGCCCCACUGUGCACGUGAUCCAGCUGGAGCUGCCCGGGGGAGAUCCCGCGCAGCGCAGGCGCAGCACCUCCGAGCUCUGACGCGCGGAGUGCGUGAGUGAGUGGGUAGGUGAG